UUUAAACGUUUUUGAUGGAUGCUUUUUGACGACUCUGCGGUCCAUGAAAAGUGAAUCUCAGCCAGGAAUACUUUUGGAGCAGCUGAGUGGGUACUUGUCGAUAAAGGACCGACACAAUAUACGAAUAAAAGCGUUAUCCGAGACACCAUGGUCCGCCGCGUAGCAGUGAUUGGGGCAGGUUCCUCAGGACUAGCCUCCAUCAAAUGCUGCCUGGAUGAGGGGCUUGAGCCCAUCUGCUUUGAGAGCAGCGAUGACAUCGGGGGACUGUGGAGGUACAAGGAGAAACCAGAGCCUGGACGAGCCAACAUCUAUCGCUCACUCAUUUGCAAUAGCUCCAAAGAAAUUAUGUCGUACAGUGACUUCCCUCCCCCAGCUCACUUCCCCAACAAUAUGCACCACUCCCAGCUCCUGCAGUACUUGCACCUCUAUGUGGAACAUUUUGUUCUCCUACAGCAUAUCAGAUUCCAGACCACUGUCAGCUCUGUGAAGCAGGGUCCGGACUUCUCUCAUUCAGGCCAGUGGGUGGUGGAGACUGAGAAAAAAGGGGGUGGCAAGGAGAGUGAUAUCUUUGAUGCUGUGAUGGUCUGUACAGGACAUUACACACAGCCUCACCUUCCAUUGAAUGAAUUCCCAGGCAUAGACACUUUUGCCGGGAGGUAUUUCCACAGUUGGGAAUAUGAUUUUGCCCAGGAUCUCCUGGGGAAGAGGAUUGUUGUUGUUGGAAUUGGGAAUUCUGGAGGAGACAUAGCCGUAGACAGCAGUAGAGUUGCAGAGCAGGUAUACCUCAGCUCUCGACGAGGUGCCUGGGUGGUGAGUCGCAUUGGUGACAAUGGACUUCCUUCUGAUUUUCUAAAAGGUGCCCGUCUGUCUAUGCUUGUGCAGAAAUAUCUGCCAUCUUUGGCAGACCGUCUUAUGGCACAGAAAAUCAACCAGCACCAUGACCACCGUCUAUAUGGACUACUGCCAUCACACGGGUUUUUUCAACAGAUCCCUGUUGUGAAUGAUGACCUACCUGGUCGCAUCAUCUCGGGAAGGGUGGUGAUGAAGCCCAAUGUGAGGGAGUUCCGAGGCUCCAGCGUGGUGUUCGAGGAUGGGUCUGUGGUGGAAAAAGUGGAUGUGGUGGUGUUUGCCACAGGCUACAAUUAUGACUUUCCCUUCCUGCCCUCGUCUAUAAAGACCCAGGCUGGUUAUCGACUGUCUCUUUACAAACACAUCUUCCCACCCAGUCUUGAGCGCCCUACUCUGGCAGUGAUUGGAUUUAUUCAUGGCCUGGGAGCCAUAAUGCCCCUGGCAGAGAUGCAAGCACGAUGGGCAACUAGGGUCUUUGCAGGGUUGCAGAAACUGCCACCAGAAAAAAGCAUGCUUCUGGACAUUGAGAAAGAGACUGGGAAAAUGCAUCAAAGGUUUGUCUGCUCUAAGCGCAACCCUCUUCAAGUGCAUUACAUCCCUUACAUGGACGAGCUGGCGAAGCAGGUGGGAGUAAAGCCCAACUUCCUUGGUCUGCUGCUGCGAGACCCUCGUCUGGGUCUCAGUGUGCUGCUGGGUCCCUGCACCCCGUACCAGUAUCGGCUGUGUGGACCGGGACAGUGGGCAGGGGCUCGCCAGGCCAUCCUCACACAGUGGGAGCGGGUGAUCCACCCAUUUAAAACACGCACUAUACCAGAGCCCCAACUCUCUUCUCGGCCUCUGUUGCUCACUGUCUCUUGCGCUGCGCUUGUGUUUGCUGCCAUCUACUCUCAACACAAAAACCAUUCUGUCCUGCCAGACCCUACAGGCCUCCUGAACAGACUCUGCUCUCUACCAGGGAUGAUGUGGAGGAUGUGCCACUGAACGCAGGGCUUUAAAGAUUAACAUGGUCUUAAAUACAAUUACAAUGUAAGUUUCCAAAAUAUCAUCCAUACAUUAUCUUAACCCACUUAUCCUGAACAGGGGGGGGCAUUCACUCACACACACACACACACACUCAUACCCAGGGCAAUUUAGAUUCUCCAAUCAGCCUAGCCUACAUGUCUUUGGACUGUGGGAGGAAACCCACACGGACACUCCGCUUCUCAUUGGCCUCCACUGGCUUCCUAUUGCCGCACGCAUCCGUUUCAAGGCCCUAGUGUUGGCAUUUCAGGCUGCUAAGGGGACUGCCCCACCUUACAUACAAUCCCUGAUCACUCCCUACUCCCCAGCUAGACCACUCCGGUCUGCCAGCUCUGGUCGCCUUACGGUUCCCUCUCUACGUGCACCUGGCGGUCGAGCUGCACGUUCACGCCUGUUUUCCGUUCUGGUUCCUCAGUGGUGGAAUGACUUGCCUACCACUGUUAGAACAGCAGAAUCCCUCCCCCUAUUUCGACGCAGACUCAAAACCCACCUUUUCAAACUCUACCUUAGUCCUCCCUCCUGAUUUCCCCUGCCCCUCCUUUCUGAUAUCCCUAUCCUUGUCUAACCCCCCCCCAAAAAAAUAAAAUAAAAUAAAAUUAAAAAAAACCAACUAUGACAACUAUGUUUAGAACAGCAUUUCCUGUGUAUUUUGCUAGUUUCUGGAUGUGAUGCUCUGACUUAUGAUAGAACCUAUGCACUUGUAAGUCGCUUUGGAUUAAAAGCGUCUGCCAAAUGACUAAAAUGUAAAUGUAAAUGUAAAUGAACAUGAACAUGGGGAGCAUACAAACUCCACACAGAGAGGCCCUGGCCGACCGGGAUUCAAAUCCAGGGCCUCCUUGCUGUGAGGCGGCAGUGCUAUCGACCGCACCAUCCGUGCCGCCCUUCCAAGAUUUCAUUAGACUUAAAUUGAUUAUUUGUGUUACAAAGGUCUAUGUAGUUUAGAAUGUAGCCUAUUGUUUUACUGUCUGUUGUCUGUUUUCCCUUUAAAAUAUAUUGCAAAACCUGUACACAUAGCCAACAUGUUAAUGUAGUAUGCAUGUGGAUGGUUUACUUUGAAAUAAAAGCCAGCAUUUUUUCCAGA